UCCUGGGCUCAAGUGAUCCUCCUGCUUUGGCCUCCCAAAGUGCUGGGAUUGCAGCCAUGAACCACCGUGCCCAGCUUCAUACCAGUUUUAAUGAGGCAUUUUGUUGGAGGUGACAGGGAUCCAAAGACUAAUAGGAGAUAGUACUUAACAUUGAGGUGCCUGGCUCGGUGGAAGAUGCAGACCCAUUAACAGCUGCUUGGAGUACAGUAUGGGCCAGUGCCAUAAUAGUAAUACUAUGUGUGAGACACACAGUAAUACAGAGGAGGACGGGAUUAAUUCCAUCAUGUAUGUAUCUGGUAGUGGGACUGGAGGCGGAUAUAGGAAAGGGGAUGAGGUAUAAUACUGAGCUGGGCCUUGGGGACAGAAGGAUUUUCCAGGUGGAUGAGGUGGAGAUGAGGCUUCCUGGACACAAGAGACAUGGUGUGUAGAAGCGCACUGAGACACAGCAUGGUGUGCUGCAGGUUGCUAGGGUAGGAGGUCAGCUCUCAAGCUAUGAAGCUGGCUAGGUAGAAGUAGCCCAUGAAGAACCUCGCAGAAGAGUUUGGACUUUACUCCUGAAAGCAGUGGCAUGGCCAAAUCAUAUUUACAUUUCAUUUUUAGAAAGAUCACUCUUGCAGUGCUAGGAGUGGAGGUGGGCAAUGAGGAAAAAGGGAUGGAGUCUAGUUAGGAGGCUUUGAAGUUAUCCAGGUGAGAGAUGAUGAGGACUUGUACAUAGGUAUUUGCAGCAGAGUUGGAAAGGAAGUGGAUAAAUAGUAGAUUUUUAAAAGGUAGUGCCAAAGGACUCGGUGACUGAUUGGAGGAGGGAGAAUGAGAGAUGAACUAAGGGAUUUAUUGUAAUGGAUUGGGUGGCCAAGUAUAAAAUGAUGCUGUUAAUAAUGAUAGGGAAUUUGGAGUGGGGUGGGAGAAAUCAUGCUGUUGGCUUUGCAUAUAUUGAGUUUAAGCUGUCUCUUAGACAGGAGGAAAAGUGUAGCUCCCUCCUUCCUUUCCAGAAUAGCAAUCCUAGCCUAAGUCAGACAUCCUUGGGCCGGUUUCCUGUGGGGCCUAGUCAGGGAUAAAAUUCUCCAAAAUCUCACUGGCAUCCUUGAGCUCAACAUCCUUCAAAGAUAGAAGCUGGAUAUUGAAAACUCUCUGGACCUUCAUUGAUAGGAGAAUGAAUUAUGAACCCCUUUUUUUGUUUGUUUUGUUUUUUGGUGGUGGUGGUGGUAUGUAUGUGUGUGUGUUUAAAUCAGAUACUGGCUUCAGUGGAGCACACUCUUCUGCCUCUUGCAAGCUUCAGACUUGGAAAAAGAAACCAUUUUCAUGGAGUGGCCUCAGCCCUGACAGGCUCUGGCUCUCAAUUGGCUCCCAAGAAGCACCCCCACCUCUCCUGGGGAGCAGAUUUUUAAAAGAAGAUGAGGUUCUAUAAGGCUCAGCCUGGUCCCAUGUGGCUGCUGGAGAAAAGCUCAGAGUCUCGGCGACUGGAUAUUCUCCCAACCACCGUCUCUGGUUAGGUGUCCUCAAUGCCAAGGCUCCUUGUAGCCCCAGCUCUUUCCAAAAUGACAGGGCUGGGAUCCUCCCCUACCUCAACUCAAAUAUCCAGCGCUCACCAGGCGGUGGCAGGGCCGAGCACGUGGGAUCAUUUAGGGGCUGGCCUCCAGGGUCUACCCAGGGAAGGGGACAGCCCAGGAGGCAAGAGGCUGGCGGUAGCAACCUCUCUGGCUCCUCCAGCUGACGCCUUAAGGCAGGGGCACGCCCUGUGUCCCAUUCCCACGUUCAUAGGAUGCUGCCAGAAGCCGUUAUCUUUUCUUCGCCCUUUCCUCAUGCACUACCCCCACUGUCAUGCUGAUAAAUCCCACGAGCAAAGGGUGGCACGAUUCCUCCCGCGCCCCAGCGGGCUGAAGGCGGGCACUAAAGCAGUGCAGUCCCAAGCUUCCCCUGCAGAAGCCGCGCUCCCCACUCGGUCCGAGGGUAGAGGGGGCGCGAGAGAGCAAGUGGGCGGGCGUCCCAUCCUCCGCAUCCUCCUCCAGGUCCUGGCGCGCAGGGUGGGAGCGCUGCGCUGCGCCGCGCUGCGCAUCGCGGCCCGCUUGCCGCCUGCCCCCUGCCCUAGCUGGGUCACCUCCCCGGGCCGCCGGUGGAGGGCUGCGAGGCGCUAACGUUACGCUGUUUCCGGUUUUCCAGCGGGCUCUGUUUCCCCUCCCAAGGCGGCGGCGGCUGAGCGGCGGAGCCCCCCAAAUGGCCUGGCCAGAUGCGGCAGGUUUGCUGCUCAGCGCUGCCGCCGCCGCCACUGGAGAAGGCUCGGUGCAGCAGCUACAGCGACAGCAGCAGCAGCAGCGAGAGGAGCAGCAGCAGCAGCAGCGAGAGCGGCAGCAGCAGCAGGAGCAGCAGCAGCAACAGCAGCAUCUCCCGUCCCGCUGCGCCCCCAGAGCCGCGGCCGCAGCAACAGCCGCAGCCCCGCAGCCCCGCAGCCCGGAGAGCCGCCGCCCGCUCGCGAGCCGCAGCCGCCGGCGGCAUGAGGCGCGACCCGGCCCCCGGCUUCUCCAUGCUGCUCUUCGGUGUGUCGCUCGCCUGCUACUCGCCCAGCCUCAAGUCGGUGCAGGACCAGGCGUACAAGGCACCCGUGGUGGUGGAGGGCAAGGUACAGGGGCUGGCCCCGGCUGGCGGCUCCAGCUCCAACAGCACCCGCGAGCCGCCCGCCUCGGGUCGGGUGGCGCUGGUGAAGGUGCUGGACAAGUGGCCGCUCCGGAGCGGGGGGCUGCAGCGCGAGCAGGUGAUCAGCGUGGGCUCCUGUGCGCCGCUCGAAAGGAACCAGCGCUACAUCUUUUUCCUGGAGCCCACAGAACAACCCUUAGUCUUUAAGACGGCCUUUGCCCCUCUCGACACCAACGGCAAAAACCUCAAGAAAGAGGUGGGCAAGAUCCUGUGCACUGACUGCGCCACCCGGCCCAAGCUGAAAAAGAUGAAGAGCCAGACGGGACAGGUGGGUGAGAAGCAAUCGCUGAAGUGCGAGGCAGCAGCCGGUAACCCCCAGCCCUCCUACCGAUGGUUCAAGGACGGCAAGGAGCUCAACCGCAGCCGAGACAUCCGCAUCAAGUAUGGCAACGGCAGAAAGAACUCACGACUACAGUUCAACAAGGUGAAGGUGGAGGACGCUGGGGAGUAUGUCUGCGAGGCCGAGAACAUCCUGGGGAAGGACACCGUCCGGGGCCGGCUCCACGUCAACAGCGUGAGCACCACCCUGUCGUCGUGGUCGGGGCAUGCCCGGAAGUGCAAUGAGACAGCCAAGUCCUAUUGUGUCAAUGGAGGCGUCUGUUACUACAUCGAAGGCAUCAACCAGCUCUCCUGCAAAUGUCCAAACGGAUUCUUCGGACAGAGAUGUUUGGAGAAACUGCCUUUGCGAUUGUACAUGCCAGAUCCUAAGCAAAGUGUCCUGUGGGAUACACCGGGGACAGGUGUCAGCAGUUCGCAAUGGUCAACUUCUCCAGCUGGCUGCUGGUGUCUGAGGAGUCCUGACCAACGUUUCUGUCUCUCUCUCCCCCGCCCCUCCCAUUUCUCUCUACCUGUACCUCUGCCUCCACCCCUUCCCUCUCUGCCCCUCCUCUCUUCUGCACUGCCAGAGCACCUGGGAUUUGAACUGAAGGAAGCUGAGGAGCUGUACCAGAAGAGGGUCCUGACCAUCACCGGCAUCUGUGUGGCUCUGCUGGUCGUGGGCAUCGUCUGCGUGGUGGCCUACUGCAAGACCAAAAAACAGCGGAAGCAGAUGCACAACCACCUCCGGCAGAACAUGUGCCCAGCCCACCAGAACCGGAGCUUGGCCAAUGGACCCAGCCACCCCCGGCUGGACCCCGAGGAGAUCCAGAUGGCAGACUAUAUCUCCAAGAACGUUCCAGCCACAGAUCAUGUCAUCAGGAGGGAAACCGAGACCACCUUCUCUGGGAGCCACUCCUGUUCUCCUUCUCACCACUGCUCCACAGCCACGCCCACCUCCAGCCACAGACAUGAGAGCCACACAUGGAGCCUGGAACGUUCUGAGAGCCUGACCUCCGACUCGCAGUCGGGCAUCGUGCUGUCCUCGGUGGGCACCAGCAAGUGCAACAGCCCCGCGUGUGUGGAGGCCCGCGCCCGGCGGGCGGCAGCCUACAGCCUGGAGGAGCGGCGCAGGGCGGCCAUGCCACCCUACCACGACUCUGUAGACUCCCUGCACGACUCCCCACACAGCGAGAGGUACGUGUCGGCCCUGACCACGCCCGCGCGCCUCUCGCCCGUGGACUUCCACUACUCGCUGGCCACGCAGGUGCCGACUUUUGAGAUCACAUCGCCCAACUCGGCGCACGCCGUGUCGCUGCCACCCGCCGCGCCCAUCAGCUACCGCCUGGCGGAGCAGCAGCCGCUGCUGCGGCACCCGGCGCCCCCCGGGCCCGGGCCCGGGCCGGGCGCGGACAUGCAGCGCAGCUACGACAGCUACUACUACCCGGCGGCGGGCCCGGGGCCGCGGCGCGGGGCCUGCGCGCUGGGCGGCAGCCUGGGCAGCCUGCCCGCCAGCCCCUUCCGCAUCCCGGAGGACGACGAGUACGAGACCACGCAGGAGUGCGCGCCCCCGCCGCCGCCGCGGCCGCGUGCGCGCGGCGCGUCCCGCAGGACGUCGGCGGGGCCCCGGCGCUGGCGCCGCUCGCGCCUCAACGGGCUGGCGGCGCAGCGCGCACGCGCGGCGCGGGACUCGCUGUCGCUGAGCUCGGGCUCGGGCGGCGGCUCGGCUUCGGCCUCGGACGACGACGCGGACGACGCGGACGGGGCGCUGGCGGCCGAGAGCACGCCCUUCCUCGGCCUGCGCGCGGCGCACGACGCGCUGCGCUCGGACUCGCCGCCGCUGUGCCCGGCGGCCGACAGCAGGACUUACUACUCCCUGGACAGCCACAGCACGCGCGCCAGCAGCAGACACAGCCGCGGGCCGCCCGCGCGCGCCGCGCAGGACUCGGCGCCCCUCUAGGGCCCCGCCGCCGCCGCCACUGUCCGAGGAGGACACACCGCCGACUGCAGAAAGGAGGAGAAAAAGAAAUAAAAAUAUUUUUAUUUUCUAUAAAAGGAAAAAAGUAUAACAAAAUGUUUUAUUUUCAUUUUAGCAAAAAUUGUCUUAUAAUACUAGCUAACGGCAAAGACGUUUUUAUAGGGAAACUAUUUAUAUGUAACAUCCUGAUUUACAGCUUCGGAAAAAAAAAGAAACAACAAAAAAAAGAGAGAUGGGCCAAUUUUUUGACUCUUUAAUAGAAACCUAUUUUGUGGUGCCUUUUGCUGUACGCUAUCCUGGGGCUCCUGGAGAAAAGUCUGGGUGGCGAUGGGGGGCGGUAGGAUCCGGAGCUGGCGGGGCUGAGAGAGCAGGGAAAGGAGAGGCUGCGGGGCUCUGGUGGGGCCAGGGGUGAGGUUGGCCCUGAGGAAGAAAGUGAGGACAGAAGUAGCUUUAUUUACCCCCCGGGCAAAAUCUGGAAGUUCUGGGCCCCUUGGGAGGACAGGGCGGGAUCCUAGGCUUAGCUGGGGUACCUUCCAGGGGGAAGACGAAGGUCCAGCGACAGCUACCAGAAUGGGGAGAGGGCCUCCCACUACUCACAGCUCUUAAGAGAGGGGGAACAGAGACAGGUCUCCCCAACAGCGUGGGCCCAGGGAGGGGGCAGCCCUGCCAGGGGCCCAAUGUUCGUGGCUCCUCCUCCCCUACGGCCUCCAGGACGCCCCUCUGUCCUCUGCAGCACCUUCGUUUACAGGUCGUCUUUUCUAUUUUACGCCUGCAUGUCCUUUGCAUUUCAGAUUCUUUAGAUUGGAUGCAUGGUCACGCUGGGACCGAGAAGAGCCACUGGACAGUGUAUUCGAUUCCCCUUUUAGCAAUAAAGUAACACCAUUUCCUUCUCACAGCCCGCCUCCCAGCCCCAGCCCACCGGUGACUUCCACUCCCACUCGUCCUGCCCUCCCCACCCCUGAAAACUGGGUCCACUGCUAAUUUGUCAAAAAGGUAAUUGUUUAAAAGAAUCCCAAACAGAAACAAAUGGGAACCCUGCCCUGAAAUGUCCCAACACCUGACUGUUGACACUUGAACAUUUUUAUAUUAUAAAUAAAAUCAGAAAUAACUCCUGUU